AUGUCAGCACAAGAUGCCAUCAGGACGUGUCAGAGGACGCUGCCACCAGAACGCGCAUUACGACAAAAGGCGGAUCCGGUGACACCCAGCGCGGCGCCAUGUGACCCCGUGGUGACACCGCCCAUGCCCGCCCCUUGCCCUGUCCCCAGGAGCGGUUCCAUGGCAGUGGCCACGGCGCUAGGUUCCCUGGGCGCGGUGGCCCUGGGCACCUUUGUGGUGGCCCUGCUGCUGCGGUGGCUCCAGGAUGUGCUGGUGGCUGUCACCCGAUUCCGGGCCACUUGUCGCCAGCUGAACAAGUUCCCCAUCCCAUCCUGCUGCAAUUGGUUGCUGGGACACACCGGCAUGGGCCAGAGCAUGGAGGAAGCCCUACAGCAGGUGGACACCUUGGUGGCCCAGUACCCUCAUGGCUGCCUCUGGUGGGGACUUCCCUGGCUGCCUGUCCUGUGCCUCUUCCACCCCAGCACCCUCCGGCCACUCCUCAGUGCCUCAGGGGAUGGUGGUGCCAUGGAAGGGUUGGCCAUAGAGGCCAAGAGGAUGCUGGUGGCCAUGGACGAGAACGGCCACACCCUGUUGGACGAGGACAUCGCGGCUGAGGCUGACACCUUCAUGUUUGAGGGUCAUGACACCACGGCCAGUGGCCUGGCAUGGCUCUUCUACAACCUGGCUGGCCACCCUGAGCACCAGGAGCGAUGCCGCCAGGAGGUCCAGGAGCUCCUGGCUGGCCGGGACACAGCGGACAUUGAAUGGGAGGACCUGUCCCAGCUGCCCUUCACCACCAUGUGCAUCAAGAACAGCCUGCGGCUGCACCCUCCUGUCAUUGCUGUGUCCCAGUGCUGCACUGAGGACAUCGCCCUGCGUGAUGGCCGUGUCAUCCCCAAGGGGGUCAUCUGCCUGAUGAGCAUCUACGGGAGCCACCACAACCCAGACCUCUGGCCUGAGCCUGAGGUGUUCAACCCUCUGAGGUUCAGCCGAAACACCAAGGGACAGUGCCUGUUGUCCAUCAUCCCCUUCUCUGCUGGCCCCAGGAACUGCAUCGGGCAGAGCUUUGCCAUGGCUGAGAUGAAGGUGGCAGUGGCACUGACACUGUCCCGGUUUGUGCUGCGGAGGGACACGGCGAGGCCACCCCCGCGCCGCAAGCCCGAGCUGAUCCUGCGUGCUGGCGGGCUCUGGCUGCUGCUGGAGCCACUGGGAGUGGCUGAGGGACAUGGGUCACCAGGACAUGGGGACAUCCUGCAAGGGAGGUGUCACAGCCAGGGAAAGAGCAGGGAAUAA